AUGAAGGCAGAAUCAGUAGAGGUACCAGGGUACACCACCCUGCCGGUACAACUUCCCGCCACAUCUUUGACUCCGGAACCCGCCACACACUACCUCUACAUCCGCCCUCACGAACCCCGAAUUCCAGACCCAGAUUCCACCCGCUCUCUCUUCAUAGUCAAUGUUCCGAUAGACACCACGGAACUGCACCUGCGCCACCUUUUCGGUACUCAACUCUCUGCCGGCCGAGUUGAGCGUGUUCAGUUUGAAGAUGUCCCCACCAAAAAGCGCACUGCUGUAACAAGCACGGAAACAAACACCUCAAAAAAGAAGCGCAAGCGCGUAACAGCAGACGACUUCGAACAACACCUCGAUGCAAUCUCCCUUCCCUCGACCUGGGAUCGCAAACUCCAGAAGAGUGGCGCCCACGCCAUUGUCAUUUUCGCCGACAGACCCAGCAUGGAAAGCAGUCUGAAAGCCAGCACCAAAGCCGCCAAGCGCGGUACUUCUAUUACCUGGGGCGAGAACCUUCCUUCCGACCGAAUUCCCGCACUAGGAUUGAGCCGGUAUGCCGCCCACGAGCGAUUGCAGUACCCGGAGCGGGCAACUCUUCUCCGUGCCGUCAAUGAGUUCAUGACUACAUUCUCUGCUGUUUCAGAGGCGCGCAAGCGCGAGGACCACAAGCGCUUUGCCGUUCCCGACGAAGAUGGUUUCGUUACUGUGCAGCAUGGUCCUAAGCUUAACUCUGUUGCGAGGGAGGAUGAGAUGCGCGAACUUCUUGAAAAGCAGAAGAAGAAGGGUGAGGGUCUUGAGGACUUCUACCGAUUCCAGUCUAGGGAGAAGAGGAAGGAGAGACAGAACCGUCUUAUCAAACGGUUCGAUGAGGAUAAGAAGAAGUUGGCUGAUAUCAAGGCUCGCCGGGGCAAGAUUCGGGUUUGUACCUUUCUAUCCGCUCAGUGA